GUGUAUAUACCUAUUGAUUUUAGUUUAUUACUUAAGUCAUUAGUCAAAUUUCUACUCUAUUAAUCCAAAAGACUUGCAUCCAUGCUCAUCUAAUAAUUAAUUUAAAAAAAACUAUCCACUAUCCAGAAAUUAAUAACAAACUUGAAAUAUUAAUAGUGUUCUGAUGUAUUUUAUAUAAUUGUAAAACUUGGAGUAGGCUGUAGGACAUAUCACAUUAGUAGUUUUGUAUUUAUAGAAAGACAAACCUACAACUAAAUGGUCAUACUCUUUACGAAAGUCCUUUUACGUUUCUGAGAUUGAUAAAAGCAAAUUUUCAAACCAUAAUAAUGGAAUCUACAGAACUCACCUGUAAUGACAUGUGUGAUGAAAUAUCAGGAAAAUGUAGGGAUGAUGAAUUGGAUGCAACAAAAAGAGUAAAAUCUAUUACAAUGUCAACACCAAGUCAAAAUAACCCUACGGAAACCCAAGUUUCAUCACAAACAAGAAUUGUGGGUGAAGUAUCUCUGACUCCUACAAAUCGGUCGUUUACCCCACAAAUUCUCAAUCCACAUUCCUCAAUGGUACCAAUUACCCCAAUGGCUAGUGCUGCCAGUCAAGUUAAAAGCAGUAUUAAAUUGCAAAAUUGUGUAGCAACUGUUAGUUUAGGAUGUGAACUUAACUUGUUAGAAAUUUAUCGUCGCACUAGGUAUUCUGAAUACAAUCCAGCAAGAUUUCAUGGAGUGGUUAUGAAAAUUUUAGAGCCCCGGGCAACAGCUUUGGUUUUCAGAUCUGGAAAAAUUGUGUGCACAGGAGCAAAAAACGAACAUGAUGCUUACAUUUCAACAAGAAAAUUUGCUAGAAUUGUGCAGAAGUUAGGAUUUCCGGUAAAGUUUUUAAACUACAAAGUUCAAAAUUUUAUUGCAACUGCAGAUUUAAGAUUUCCCAUUAGAUUAGAAGCACUCCAACAAGCACAUGGCCAGUUUGCAUCUUAUGAACCAGAACUUUUUCCUGGCCUGGUAUAUAGAAUGGUGCGGCCAAGGGUCGUUCUGUUAAUAUUUGUUAAUGGAAAAAUGGUUAUAACAGGUGGCAAGUGUCGGUCUGAGAUCAAUGAAUCAUUAGAUAUUAUUUAUCCUAUCCUUAGAAGUUAUAGGAAAAAUUAAUUAAAUAUAAAAUACUACGAUUGACAUGUUUUAAAAUG